AGUGAAUCCGAUCGAGACGUCGCCAUGUUCUUGCUUGUCAGUUGUUUUGCUCUUGUGGUCUCUGCACUGGGGUGUGGAGUACCGACUAUUAUGCCCCAAGUGAGCGGAUACAACAAGAUUGUAAAUGGGGAGAAUGCUGUGUCUGGGUCCUGGCCUUGGCAGGUUUCUCUUCAGGAUGGGACUGGAUUCCACUUCUGUGGAGGAUCCCUGAUCAACCAGUACUGGGUUGUCACUGCCGCUCACUGCCGUGUGUCUUCUAGAAACCACCGUGUUAUCCUAGGAGAAUAUGAUCGUCAAAGCAACAGUGAGCAAAUUCAAGUCAAGUCAAUAGCCAGAGCCAUCACACACCCCUAUUACAACAGCCAGAACUUCAACAAUGACAUCACCCUCCUGAAGCUGUCCUCCCCAGUGCAGAUGACGUCCCGUGUGUCUCCUGUGUGCUUGGCCUCCUCCAGCACCAGCAUCCCCUCUGGAUCUAAAUGUGUCACCACUGGGUGGGGCAAGACCGGCUAUACCUCGAGCCCCCGCUACCUCCAGCAGACUAGCCUGCCUCUGCUCAGCCCUGCUCAGUGCAAGCAGUACUGGGGUUAUAACAGAAUCACUGAUGCCAUGAUCUGUGCUGGUGCUUCUGGAGUGUCCUCCUGUCAGGGUGACUCUGGUGGCCCUCUGGUCUGUAAGAACAGUGGAGUGUGGUCCCUUGUGGGUAUCGUGUCAUGGGGUACCUCGAACUGCAACGUGCAAACUCCUGCAGUUUAUGCCCGUGUGUCCUACCUACGAAGCUGGAUCGACCAGAUUGUUGCUUACAACUAACAUGAAAACAAAGCAAAUCGGCGAUACAGAUGUGCAUCAUCCUGCUAUCAAUGUGAUCAAUGAGUUAUUCUACGCAGCAUCAAUAUAAGCUGUCACAAGGAUGCUACUAUUUAUAUUGGCUUUGAAUGACAGCAACCAUUUGCUGUACUGCUUUCAUUGGUGCAUGUGUGAGAAAUGAUACAUAAAAUAAAAUAUAACUUUUAAGAGCA